UUGUCGAUCUCAGCGGACGCCAUCUUAUCCAGCGGGUGACAGAAGAAGGUUGCGUGGUCGGAGACACGCGUUCGUAUCAAUUGAUUUAUCAACAAAAGAAACGGAUACAUUCUGUGCGGAUAUCGAACCACGAAGAAGCCCCUGACGCCCAGAAAUGGCAACGGGAGCUAACGCAACCCCGCUUGGUAAGCUGCACCCGAGCAUCGGCGCUAAGCGAGGCUUUGACUCUGGCCCCGGUCCGGGGUUAAUGCCUCCGCCUGGGCCUUCGGUGCCUUUCCCGCUGCAGAACUUCCAACCGCCACAAUUAUCAAACCCUGGGUUCCCGCAGUUUCCCGGAGCCGUGAGCUCUGCGCUCUCAAACCCUAUCGUAGUAGGACAGCAGUCUCAAGCGGGAGGCGGAGAUUUUGGACAGAAGAAACGGAAAAGAAGUCGCUGGAGCAGCGAGACCCCUGAUCAGAAGACUGUUAUCCCGGGCAUGCCCACCGUGAUCCCUCCUGGGCUGACUCGGGACCAAGAACGAGCUUAUAUAGGUCUCCAUCUCCUGAGCCCAUUUACAACAGCGAGGGAAAGCGGCUUAACACACGUGAAUAUCGCACGCGCAAGAAACUGGAAGAAGAGAGACAUUCUCUCAUUACAGAGAUGGUGGGACUGAACCCUGAAUUCAAACCUCCAGCUGACUACAAACCACCGGCAACACGGGUCAGUGAUAAGGUGAUGAUUCCUCAGGAUGAAUAUCCAGAGAUCAACUUUGUUGGGCUUUUAAUUGGGCCACGUGGAAACACUCUGAAAAACAUUGAGAAGGAGUGCUGUGCUAAGAUCAUGAUUCGUGGUAAAGGCUCAGUAAAGGAAGGAAAGGUGGGUCGUAAAGAUGGACAGAUGCUUCCAGGAGAAGAUGAACCUCUUCAUGCUCUGGUCACUGCUAACACUAUGGAGAAUGUGAAGAAAGCUGUAGAGCAGAUUCGUAAUAUCCUCAAGCAGGGCAUUGAGACCCCCGAGGACCAGAAUGAUCUGAGAAAAAUGCAGUUGAGAGAGCUGGCACGGCUAAACGGCACUCUGAGAGAGGAUGAUAACAGGAUCUUGCGGCCGUGGCAGAGCACAGAGCCUCGCAGCAUCACAAACACAACACUCUGUACAAAGUGUGGUGGAGCAGGUCACAUCUCUUCAGACUGCAAGUUUACCAGUUCCUUUGCUCCACGGCCAGGUGAACCACCCCAGUCUGCCCAGGAUAAAGCUCGUAUGGAUAAAGAGUACUUGUCUCUUAUGGCAGAAUUAGGAGAGGCUCCAGUCCCUUCUUCUGGUGGAGGCCAUAACAAUGCUCCGCCUAGUGGACCUCGUCCUUCAGGACCCAACAACAACCAGCCACCACCAAAUCGCCCUCCUUGGAUGAACUCCGGCCCUACUGAUAAUAGGAACUUCCACGGCAUGCACCAGGGUCCUGGUGGCCCUCAUAACUUCCCUCCACCAAUGCCAAACAUGGGUGGCCCUCCUAUGCCACCAAAUCCCAAUGGAAUGCCUCCGCCCUGGAUGCAGCCACCCCCUCCUCCAAUGGGCCAGGGCCCAGCACCACCUGGACACCCCAUGGGCUUAUUGCCACCACCCAUGGGUAUGAUGCCCCCGCCACCACCACCUCCUAACAACCAACCACCUCCUCCGCCCUCAGGACCUCUUCCGCCAUGGCAACAGCAGGCUCCUCCCCCUCCACCCACCAGCAGCAUGGCAACCAGUGCUCCAAUGCCAUGGCAACAAAACACGACCACCACUUCCACCCCUGCCACUGGAAACCUGCCCCCCUGGCAACAGCCUCAGCAGACGGCCGCAUCAGCAUCUCAGCCUCCUCCACCCAUGGGCAACCCAUCCAUGGUGCCACCUCCACCUGGUGUCCAACCUCCGCUUCCUCCUGGUGCCCCGCCUCCUCCACCGCCCCCUCCACCUGGCUCAGCUGGCAUGAUGUAUGCACCACCGCCUCCACCUCCACCCAUGGACCCUAACUUUGUGACCAUGAUGGGCAUUCCUGGUAUGCCACCCUACGGGAUGCCACCUGCACCUCCACCACCUCCGCCUCAGAGUUAAAGGCUUGCUUUAGUCUCUGUGGCCCUGUGAAGGUGCAGUAAAGAUAUACACUCAUACAUCACAGGACUGUACCUGGUUCUGUUCAUUUAACAGCUUGAUGUGAUUAGUUGCUAAAGAUUUAUUUUUCUUUCGAAUGGCUUCAGUUCAGACCUGUUUCCCAUGCUUGGACAAAAUAAAUCAAAUUAGCGAGAGUGUAAGUGAGACAAUGUGGUUCAUUUUGUAAAUUUGCUUCAAUUGUUCAUGAUUUUUAACUGUAGUAUUUGAUCUCUUCGUAGGAUGUUUGUUCAAAAGAAGUUGAUGUGCAGGGAAUGUUUGUUUUUGUUUGUUUUGUUUUUGCCAGCUUGCUUUUCUCCAUGUUUUUUUUUAAAGUCUCCAGCGAGUGAAAAUGACAUCUGCUAAAGUUUCAGCUAGCAACAUUCCGACAGGUGUAUAAACCACCGUUUACACUCUUAACCAACUGUGCAUUUGUUGCUGCAUAGUGUAAAAGGGCAUCAAUGAUGUCUUCGAGAUGUUGUAGAUGAUUGGCUUUCUCUAUUUAGGUGGUCUGUAUUUUAUUUUAUUUUUUGUGUUCAACUUGUUCCCCCACCCCUUUCAAAAUUGUUUUUAUUUAAAAGAACUUUCAUUAAUUGCCUUCCACCAAAUGUAUUUCAAUAUUUUUGUAAUGAAGCAUUCAACUAAAUAAAAGUUGGCAUGGUGUUGA